AUGGCAGAGGCAAAACAAGAUCUGGAGCAAUUGGCGAAGCAGCUGACUGAGGAUCGUCAGGAAAUCCAAUCCGGCCGCGUGAAACAGGAGGCGGCAGACAAAGCCGCUGAGGCAAAAGGCUGUUUCCGUGAAGCUGCCGAGAGUGCCGAGGAGAUCAAGCUCGGCGAGCGACCGGGGAAGAUGUGGAUCCUGGCUGGGGAGGACUUGCGUGCUCUGAAAGCCUUCGCGAGGGCGCACGCUUGGUCGGCCUUUGUGGAGCACGCCGUGACGCUCGCGCAGAAGGGCAAGGACAAGAAUAUUUCGGGGCCUUUGCUGGAUGCUGUGAUCUCUGCCACGCGAGACCUUGCAAAGCUUCUGCGAAAGAAGCCGCAGGACAGAAGCCUCGAGGACUCCCUGAAGAAAUGCGUCGGCAUCCUCCCAGACGAGGAGCAAGAUACUUGCCUCGAAGAUUUGGGCAUUCCAGGCCUCAGGCUGGAGGUGCUGCAUUCCCGCAAGCAGUACGCAGAAUGCGCGGCCAUCGCACUUGAGAUGCGCGACUGGGACAAGGCACGUGGAUACUACAGUGAGGCCAAGGAGCCGAAAAAGAUUUCGUGGCUGGCUCUCUUGCAAGGACUUUGGGAGCUUACGCCGCACGGAGGUUUGAUUCCAAAGCUGACGGAGCUGGACGAGACCCUCAGGGAGAAGAAGCGCAGCGGACUCUUCAAGAAGGUCGCUGGAGUGUUUCAGACGAGUCCGCCGAAGGCACAUGUGAUCGAGCCCAGCGAAAAGCCUCUCGCUCCAUGGCCAGUCCUGAUGAUGCGGACCCGUGGUCCACUUCAGACCCUUGGGGCGGCGGCAAUCAAGUUGAUGCUGCUGCCGAGCCUGAACGCGAAGCUGCGCGACCUACUCCUGCUACUGAUGAUCAGUCUUGGGAAGUCCAAGGAAAUGGGCACGCUGGGACAGCAGAGGUUCUCAAGACGGAGGGAGCGACGGCGGCAACCACUCCGCCGACAGCAACGGGGCCUCGAACUGGUCUUGGGCUACUCAAACUUCUGGCAGCUGGGGCCGCUGGAACCGGACGUGGCGAUCCCAAGGCGACUGGGGCCGCUGGCAGUGGAUGCCAGCCGACAACGUCUCUACUUCGACUUCUGCGGGUACCAGCGGAACGGCGCCGAUUACAUGGAACAGUUCUUCAUGGACGAGGUGGGAUGGAGACGUGGGGCCUACAGCGGGUUCUACAAGUACCUCCGGGACUCCGCCCACUACGUGGACCGCGGCAGCUACUACGGCAAGUUCGUGGAAUGGAGGGCCUGCGGCGACAUGGGAUGCGUCUACGGGGACUGUGCACCAGCCCUUUGGAGGGACAAAGGGGCCUACGGAACGGCUCAUCGUCCCCACCUUCACCGGGGACACCGAGAAUGGCGGCGACCUUGGAACAUCGACCAACGCGCGCUGGUGCUAUACCAGCACUUAUCUGGUUCUGCUUGGGUGAACUCAGAGUCUUUGAAUGUUGAGGAUCUCGCCCAUCCUGAAGGCGUGGCCCGUCUACGAGAAUGGAUUCGUCAACACUACCUGGACGUGGAGGUCACACAGGUGGGACGCUCCUUGAGUGAUUUGUUCAGGAAGCUCCGCAGGCGUCCUCAACAGAGCUUCCGGGACUAUGCCGCGGAGUUCAACCGCUUGCUGGCGAGAGUCAUAGAGUGCGGUUGCGCUCUGCCUGAUGUGGCCAACGCUUGGCUCUUCGUGGACAGGGCCAACCUCGACGAGGCCACGGAGGUCAGCUUGCUUGCGAGUGUAGGUAACAAGUACGCUCUCAAGGCCUUGCAGUCUGCGGCUAUCGUCUUGGACAGGUCGAUGCGAAAACCCUGGGAGAAGGCAGGCUUCCGUGGGAAGCCCCAGAGUGUCAACCAGACGGACGACCUGGAUGGCUGCGAGGCUUCGGAUGUUGAGCCCCCUCUUCACGAUGACCCCGAAUGCAACUCCGAAGAACUCUACCUCACUUACAUGACAGCAAAGGCCCGCUACAAAGAGUCUGCCAAGGCACGGGGAACUGACUACAGAGCCACUGAGGCCGACUCGGGUGGCAUCCGGAAGGCUGCCGAGGCCAAAAUCCAGUUGGCCAAAGCGAAGUCCCACUGCUCUGCUUGUGGGCAGCGGGGCCACUGGCACAGAGAUGCUAUCUGCCCCAAGUUCCCUGGCAAUGGCAACCAAGGCUCCGGCGCCAAGGCACAGACGAUCCACGUCACCAACGAGGUGUUUGAGCUCACCACGGGCACGCGCGAGGGCCUCAAGGCGAUCCUGGACUCCGCUUGCUCUAAGACUGUGGUUGGGACUGGGUGGCUUCAGAAGUACCUGGACUAUGUCAAGGGAAGCGGCUACGAUGUGGUCUUUGUUUAUGAGAAGGAGAGCUUCAAGUUUGGGGCCGCCAGCCGGAUCUACGAGUCCACCUAUGCCGCGGUGAUCCUCGUACCUCUUCUUGACCACCUCAUCGCGAUCAAGGCCUCGGUGAUCCACGGGGACAUCCCCCUUCUUCUUUCGAGACCGGCUUUGGCACGACUCGGCCUCGUCUUGGACCUCGGAAGUAACGUUGCUACCUUCCGCUCACUCGACGGUGGCGAGGUCGAACUGGAGGAAACUACGAGUGGGCACCCUGCUGUUGUAGUUGAUCACUCCAAGCUGGCUAAGCCGGACACUUCAAGGCUCCCUGACAACUGGGAGCCACAUGGAAUCGCGAUCCUCGGCCCUCGCGAGGUGUACAUGGUUGCUUGCAGCGGGGAUGUUUUGGGCGAUGAUCAAAGGGAUCCUGGUGAUGUCGAUGCGGUGACGAAGAUCUUUUACGACAAGAAGAUAGAUGGUGCUGUUAGGGACAUGCUGACGGGUGACGUUCUUAACGAGGACCUCUUUGUGACAUGUGGGCUGUCAAAGAUCUUGGCGAGUAUCCAACUUUGUGGGUUGGCCGCAGUGUGUUCAAUCGAGCUCAAUCUGUUGCCCCUCCGCGUCCCGUCGAUCAUGCUCCCAGUAUGGAAGAUGACAAAGGCCCAGUUGAUCGACGAGUGCAAGCGCCGGCAGCUGGCGUUCAACGAGGCGUGGACGUGCCCAGAGCUUCGGACGAUCCUCAUCGCGGACCGGGAGUACGAGACCAAGAGGAAGGGAGUUGCGGUGCCGAAGGGCUUGUCGUCCAUGAACCUGGACGAGCUGAAGGCCGAGGCGCACAAGAUGGAGCUGACCGUGAAGUCCGGGGACACAAAGGGGAGUCUCAUGCUGCGCAUCAGGGACGCAGCGGCCCCGGCGGAUACCGUCAUGACCAUUGGUCGGUUCCGAGGGACGACGUUUGCCCAGAUCCCGGACAACUACGGAGACUGGGCGUCGGAGGAAGAACGCCAGAAUGGAACCAACAUGCACAACGACUUGAAGCGGUUUGUGAUGUGGCGGCGACAUCACAGGUCCAAGGGACAGAACACCCCGGCUGCGGCGGCGAGCACCAUGGAGCCGACCUACCUCGACGCGGAGACCUACGCGACAGUGCCCCCGCCGCCGAUCAGCGAGACGGGUUCGUCGUCCUGGGCGAUGGUGGCGGACUACGAGAGUGCGUUCUCCGAGGGGUACAACCCGCAUGCGAGAGGCCGUCCGGCCUUGUGGAGGGAGGCCCAAACACCGGUGCCAGCUGCCAAGCCGAAGCACCGCUCAGCCAAGACGAAGACCAAGGACUCGGAGGGCCCCGAGCGCAUGGAGCAGGAGAUCGACCCGGCCACGAUGGACGAGAUCCAGGCACUCGAGGCGCGCCUGGCCACUCUACGCGACAGGUUUUCAGAUCGUGUUCUUCUGGUUCGGAAGACUCGAACCAUGGGAUCCUUGCUACGCGACACGGAGGUUCUCGAGGUCCUUGCGAACUACAAUCUCAAGCCCACAAACCACCGUCGUGCUGGAUUGCAUGGCGAAAGUGAGGAAGGGAAGCGGUGCAACCUCGGGUACUACGCCUACGGCACCUUCAAGGGAGUCGGCCGCCGCACGACCGAAUGGCCCAAGUUGACCACCUACUUGAACGAGUUCCUCGCUGAUUGUGUUGGGGAAAGCGGUCAUGGUCAAGGCCGGGCCACGUGGGCGGCCCUUGCACUACUGGGCGACAUACCUACUGGGAUCCACACGGACCGGAACAACCUCAAGGGCAGCUUCAACUACCUGGUCAGUUUUGGCAGCGGCAAUGGAGGAGGGGUCUGGAUCCAGGAAAAGGGCGGCGGAACUUGGCGCCGCAGUGGAAAUGGCCAAGAGAUCGAGGGGCGCAUUGUUGACGCCCACGAACAAGGAUGGGAGUUCGAUCCACGGCUCGCCCACGCCACCGAGCCCUUCAACGGCGAGCGUUGGUUUCUUGCGGGAUACACCCCACGCUCUUUUCCGGAAGCCUCCAAGAGCGAGAGGAAAAUCCUGAACGACCUCAAGUUCCCGGUACCCACCAAGGCCGAGAUCCGGGAGAUCAAGAAGCGCGACGACUAUGCGAUCGACAUCCCGGAGAAGGAGACCGCCCAUGAAGGAGGUUCAGGCUCGCGACCAAAACGGAGCGUUCGGAAGGGCAUCCGCCGAACGGCCAUGAUGCUGUCUGUCUUGUUCACCACGGCCAUUUCGACCAUGUGCGGUGUUGUACGUGAUGCACUACCAGCUCAUGUCAGUCCUGCAACCGCCAUUCUUGAGGUUGGUGGACUCUCUGCUACCUGCCGGCUUGCUGAGUACGAUAUCUGCGGCGACCACCUCGUGGAACCCCUGCUCCCUGAGGACGUGCUUUCCAACGACCACCCGGAGGACCUGGGCAUUGGCUACAUCGAGGCGGCGGUCGUCCGCCACCGGCCCGGGCAGCUCUGGAUUCAUAUGCUACCCGAAUGGGGCUGCGACGCGGUGUUCCGUGAUUUGGUCGAGGCGAUCAGCUACCAACUGGGGAGGGGACAAGCCGUGGUGCUGGAGAGGGAGGUCGAAGAACCUCUCCUUUGGGAGAGCUUAGCCAAUGGUUGGGAGGAUGCGGGCUACGACGUGACCUACGAUUUCACCGAGGACGGCCAUCAGUACAUCCGGGUUGUCCAGGCCCAGUCAGAGGGGGAGAUCCACUCUGUGUACGUCGGCGACAACGAGAGCGAGGAAGAGUUGCUCCCUGCACCAAGCGAAGAACGCAGAGCUGAAGAUGAGGGCCCCCUACCACGAGGUGCCCGGGCAAUCAGUUUUCCGCCCACCGUCUCCGAGACGAUAGCGACCAGUCUGCGCCGUCUACACCAGAACCUUGGACACCCUAGCACCGCCGAUUUUGUUCGUCAUCUACGCCUGGCCGGGGCAUCCCGUGAAGUUCUGAAAGGGGCUAAGGCCCUAGAGUGCCAAGUCUGUCAAAGGAGCAAGCAGCCGGCUAUCCCCAAACCGGCUAAGAUCGCCCCUUGCUACCGGUUCAACGAGAUGGUCGGCACGGAUUUGUUCUAUGUCCACGACAGCGAAGGCCGGCGACACCAGCUCCUCUCUAUCGUCGAUUUCUCGUCUGCCUACCACAUCGUUGUGCCAGUGCAGAGGAAGGACACCGUUACACUCGAGAAGGCGUUCUGUGAGAGUUGGGUUCAGAUCUUUGGGGCUCCGACCACGGUUGCGGUCGAUUUGGAGAACGGGUUGGAGAAGUCUCUGGCCCGUAUUGGCGACUGGACGGGGACCCGCAUUCGCAGUGCGGCCGGACAGGCCCACCACCAGGCUGGCUACACGGAACGCCAAGGAGCUAUCUGGAAGUCCCUUUUCAGCCGGAUCUGCGAGGAACAAUCUGUAUGCCAAAGUGAUUUCCACCUCGCUGUGAGCGCAGUCUCUUCUGCAAAGAACCAGCUGACACGGACGAGCGGUUUUAGUCCUUGCCAGCAUGUGUUUGGAUCGAUGCCGGGGCUCCCAGAAGAUCUUCUUGAGGGUCCCCACGCUGACCACCCGGAACAGGAGGCGAUCAUCGACGACAAGCACGCCCGUGAGGUCGCACUUCGAACGGCCGCUCGGGCCGCCUACUUCCAUGUCCAGACCGAUGAGAGGGUUCGCCGCGCCCUUGCAGGGCGCGCCCGCGUUGAAAGCCGAAUGCCAGAAACCGGGGAAAGGGUCUUCUACUUUCGCAAGACGAAGAACAACAAGAAGGGCUACUGGGUCGGACCUGGAACUGUCAUCGGGCGAGAAGGCGCGAACCUAUGGAUCACCCGAGCCGGGAGAUGUGUUCUAUGUGCUCCAGAGCAUGUUCGGCUUGCAACCGGCGAGGAACUUGGUCAGGCCUUCAGCAUGAAGGUCGCGCAAGAAGACUUGGACAAGUUGUUGAAUGCCGACUCCGAUGAGCCGGGCGCCUACGACGAGGAUCACGAGGACCAAGGAGACGAAGAGAUGCUCAACGCUGGGGCUGCUGGCGUUGGCGAGAUUGUGUAUGACAUGGAGCUGGACGGAGAAGAAGAACGACGUGGGCUACGACGUGACCUUGUUCGUGUGCCUCCUCGUGUCCUGAAGCGACAGCGACGCAAGGGGCGCGGUGAGGAGGCGGCCGUUGAUGGUGGACCCCGCGAAGGGCCCAGUGAUGUGAACAUGAUCAAGCGAGCCCGCACCCAGCGGUCCCGGGAAAAGCAGCUAGAGAAGGAGAUCCCUUGGUCCCUCAUCCCGGAGUUUAUGAGGCCGAAGUUCCGGGAGAAGGAGAUGGUCCAGUGGCGAGAACAUGUGGACACUGGGGCCUUGGAAGUCCUGAGUGUCGAGGAGAGCGAACGAGUCCGCCGCGAAGAACCGGCGAGCCGUAUCCUCGGCUCACGUUUCGCCUACAGGGACAAGCACCUCGGGCGCAGGCGCGCCGACCCUACUGUGGAGUGGAAGCCUAAAUCAAGACUGGUCGUGGCUGGACAUCUUGAUCCCGAUGUGGGCGUGGCCAACAUCGAGGUCGACUCUCCCACGGUGUCAAGGGCAUCCUUGAUAUCUUUGCUUCAGAUAUGCGCUUCCAAGCGCUGGAAGGCUGCUGCAGGAGAUGUUCAAGCUGCUUUCUUGCAAGGGGUUGAACUCGGGCGCCAGUUGUGGAUGGCACAGCCAAAGUCCGGGAUUUCUGGACUGGACCCAAGACAGCUCGCUCGAAUCAGGAAGGGAGUCUUCGGCCUAUCCGAGAGCCCGAGGAUGUGGUACGACAGGCUUUCUGGCGUUCUACUUAGCGAGAUCUUCGACAUCGGAGGAGUCCGACACCGCCUCGUGCCGAGCCCUUUGGAUCCUUGCGUGAUGAUGCUCAUCAAGGAUGGCGAAGCUUCUGAGCCAGCAGGAUACCUCGCCCUCCACGUCGACGACAUUUUGGUGGUCGCCCCUACCGAGGUCAACCGCAUGCUCCAAGAGAGGAUCGGGCGCCUUUUCCCGAUCGACGGCUGGCUCGAGGACAGUUUCGAGUAUGUGGGGUCCUUCAUCCAGGUGAACGACGAUGGCGUGAGUAUCACCCAGGAGAGCUUUGUGGAUGGCCGUUUGUUCACUGUUGAGGUCCCCCGUUCGCAGAAGGGGACAGAACCAGCUACUGAAGAACAGGCCAUCGACAACCGAUCCUUGAUCGGUGCUUUGAGUUGGCUAAGCAGCCAGAGCCGCCCAGACCUGACGUGUGGGGUGGCAUUGUCACAGCAGCUCCAACGGGCCCCUCUUACCGAGGAUGUUCGAUUCGUGAACCAGCUCUCGGCCCGGGCCAAGGAGUUCCGCGAGAACGGGAUCUACCUGCGGCCUACCAAACUCGAGGACGCGGUGUUCCUCGUGUACCACGAUGCGGCCUGGGCCAACGCCGAGCUCGAGGAGGCCGAGGACGGGUUCAAGCUCACGGCCGAGGAGAUCGAGCAGGGCACCAUACGCGGUUUCUACAGCGAGUCUAGGCCAAGGAAGGCUAAGAAGGGAUCUUCCAAGGUCGCUUCACAGUUGGGCCACUUGAUCUUACUGGCCGACCGGGCUAUCCUCGAUGGGUCUUGUUGCCGGACGAGUUUGCUCGAGUGGAGGAGCCAGUCAUGCAAGCGAGUGUGCCGUUCCACUUUUGGUGCGGAGACAAUGGCCGCGGUGGAGGGACUUGAAGGAGGACAGUACAUGAGGGCUCUUCUGGCCUCACUACUUCAUGGACGGAUCGUCAAGCACCAUGAGAUCCGUAAGCGGUGGCCAAUUCUCUGCUUGUCCGACUGCAAGUCUCUUCACGACCACCUUCACAAGGCUGGAACACCAAGGCUCCCAGCAGACCGUCGUCUCGCAAUCGACUUAGCGGCCCUACGUCAAGAGUUGCGGGCUGAACAGUGGACUGACCGCUUGCCGCUCCAAUGGAGGGCAUCACGCUACCUCUUAAAAGAGGUCGCUGGAGUGUUUCAGACGAGUCCGCCGAAGGCACAUGUGAUCGAGCCCAGCGAAAAGGACGUCCUGACAGAGUUCGGGAAGAUCAAAUCCGGAUCCAAGCAGGACCUUCACCGAAGCCUUUGCACGGCCAUGCUCAGGCUGCAUGAUGCCUUCUCCGUGCCGCCCUCUCAGCGUUUCGGGCCACUCGCCGAGGUCGUGGGGGAGUGCGGUAAUGGUCUGGACACAGCACCAGGAUACGCUCUUCGAAUCGAAUCACUGGCAGUUUUGGCAUUGGCCCGAGAUUUCCAGCUCUUUCCGGAGAGUGAUGGACGUCGGAAGCGAUUCGAUGCGAUUUGGCGGGGCUUUGGCGCUUGCAGAAAGCGGCUGCGUGCCAUGCGGAAUGACAAGAUGGCCAGGACCCAAGCGGAGAAGUUGCGAAAGGAGUGGCUCCUGGCUGAGCAACCUCUUGGGCAGAAGUUCCUUCUGCUCACCGACUGCCAGCCGCAAUCAGGCAGCGAUCCACGGAAAGUCACUGGAAAAGACCUGAGAACUCUUGCGCUGCAUUGGUCCCACGUGCUGGAGGCAAGCCUUUGCUGGGUCUGCCUCGAGGUUUGUCAGGCCUUGGCAACCUCGAUGUUGCCAUGCUGGUCUUUGGCCACCAGCCACAGCUGCCGAGCGAAGGACUGCCCCUAUGCCCACGACAAGCAAGAUCCGACGCUGCUCCAUCUGGUGGCCUCCCGCAUGCUCGAGGCGGCCAACGAGGGCAGCAAGGUCUUGAAGAGCAAGGACCUGCAGACCGCCUUUUCCAUGCUUGGGACGAUGGCCAUGGAUGCACUCGGGGGGCCGGAGCUCUGGAAGAAACGCAGCGAGCUCCCGGAAUAUCCAGCCGCACCUUCCCGCAGCUUCCAUGGUCCAAGCCGCGACGGGUUCCUGGGACUGUCUUGGAGAGUCUUGGGAGAUUCGUUAAAGAAGGGGCACCCUCAGCUCAAGACGGCGCAAAACCUGAUGAAAGGCUAUCGUCAACGCCUUCCCAUCUUCCCUGACUGGCCCCUGUGGUGGGAUGUGCCGGCCGCGCUUGUGAGAAACAAUUCGGAAUGGAAGGAUGUCACCGUGACCACCAAAGAGGUGUCCUUGACCUUCUCCAAGACUUCGGGCAGCGGCAGCUUUGCGGACGCCUCCUCUGGAAAGGUGAUCCUCAGUGAGGCUGGCCACAGCUUCAAGACGGUGACGGAUCUCGGCCAAGCAUCCUACGAAGUCCGGCAGUCCUGGUCCGGCCCGGCGGGGGAGGGCCUCUAUGGAGGUGGGUCCUUCCAGAACGGCCUCAUCAACUACAAGCAUGCCCCCAUCUCCCUCAUACAGUUCAACCUCGAAGCGGUGGUGCCGUUCUUCGCGUCUUCUGCCGGAUAUGGCCUGCUUUGGGACAACUAUGCCUGGACGUACCUCAAUCCUCCCACGCCCGAGGCAGCCCUGGCAAAACCUUCGACCGGAAAGGCUCAGAGUGGCGAGGUGAUGUUCCAGCCAACGACCGGUGGAGAUCACUUCUUCCACAUGGGCAGGCUCAUGGAUGACAGCAGCAAGCCUGUGUGGGGAGGUGGGCAUGAAACUUCCGUCACCGUUCAAGCCGAGGAGGGUGGGCCCGAGAUCGUCGCCAUUCGGUGGACCAAGGAUGAGCAAAACCACCCAUCGUCCCUCACUGGCCGCGUGGAAAACAUGAAGGCAGGCCAUCGAUACCGCGUUCGAUUCAGCUUCGACACUCCAGGCGCUGGGCUCUAUGUCCAGGGCCCUGAUCAUGACAGCGGGCGCACGACUCUAAGGUCGAGCCUGGCAGAGGCGAUCGACUACUACUUCGUAAAAGGACCUCGGAUGGAUGACGUCAUCGCCGGCUACCGCAGCAUCACAGGUGCGGCACCUUUGUAUGGAAAGUAUGCCUUCGGCUUCUGGCAGUGCCGAGAGCACUAUGCAAGCCAAGCAGAGGUUCUCGAGGCCGCCCAUGGCUUUCGGGACAGAUCGAUCCCAGUGGAUGCCAUCGUGCAGGACUGGCUGUACUGGGGUGAUCUCGGCUGGGGACCCGAAUGGGAUUUGACGCGCUACCCUGACCCUGCAGGCAUGGUCCAGGCGCUAAAGACCAUGGACAUGAAGCUCAUGGUCUCCGUUUGGGGCAAGUUCGACAACAAGACCGCCAUCUUCAAGGCGAUGAAAGCAGCUGGGAUGGUGCUGGGCAACACCAACCAAACCAACAACAAUUGGUACGACGCAUGGAACCCACAUGCACAGACCCUCUACUAUGAUUUCUGCAACAAAGCCCACUUCGCCAUCGGUGUGGAGAGCCUGUGGUUGGAUGCGACGGAACCCGAGGGCCUCCCCAACAUCGACCAGGAGACAUUCCUGGGCUCCGGGAACCAAUAUAUGAACACCUUCUCUCUGGAAACCACAUCGGGAAUUGCAAAUGGAUUGCGGAAAGAUUAUCCGAAUGCUCAGGGCGCUCGCGUUUUCAGCUUGACGAGGAGCUCCUUUGCAGGUCAGCAGAAGACGGGAGCUGCUCUUUGGACUGGAGACACCACGGCGAGUUGGGACAUGCUUCGUCGGCAGGUGGCGAGCUCCAUCAACUACCCGAUGUCUGGCAUACCCUACUGGGCACAGGACAUCGGUGGUUUCUUCCGACCAAAAGAUCAAUACACUUCUGAUGACUAUCGCAGACUUUUGAUUCGCUGGUUUCAGUUUGGAGUCUUCACGCCGAUCUUCCGGGUCCACGGAGCCGGGAGUCACACGGAAAUCUGGAACUUCGGGAACACCACCAUGGACAUCAUCAACAUCUCUGCUAUUACUCUGAGAUACCGGCUCCUGCCCUAUGUCUAUUCUGGGUUUUGGCGCGUGGAAGCGCAAGCCUACACGAUGCAGCGAGCGUUGACCUUCGAUUUUCCUGAAGAUGCGGCAGCACGGCGCAUCGCGGAUGCUUACAUGUUUGGACCCUCCCUGCUGGUGACUCCGAUUGUUUCGGCCGGAGACUCCGGUAAGGCGACUACAAGGGAGAUUUACUUCCCGCAAGGCAGUUGGAUUAAUUUCCACACCGGAGAGCAGUAUGGAGGAAUGCAAAAUGUGAGCUUCACUUUGCAGCAAGCUCCUUUCUUCUGCCGCAAGGGAUCCCUCCUGGUUCUUGGGCCCAGCAUCCAGUCGACAGCUGACACGAAUCCUGAUCUGGAAGUCCGCAUUUACCCGGGAGCAGAUGCAACCUUGGCUUUAUUUGAGGAUGACGGCUCUUCUACCAAAUACCGCGAGGGCAGCUACUCGACCAUAGAUUUUGCGUGGCAAGACAGCAGCCAGACGCUCCGAAUUUCCAGCAGGAAAGGCGCUUACCCCGGCAUGCCGCAAGCAAGACGGAUCUGUGCUGUGGUCGUUUCGCCUGGCCAUGGUGUAGGCGUUUUCCAAUCAAGCUGUGAUCGGCAAGCUACGUAUGCUGGAGAGGAGAUCGCGAUUCAGUUCCAUAGCUCGAUUGUGGUGUAG